GGGGGUCGCCCGGCCCCAUGCCCUGCAGCGGCGGCGGAGCAACGCGCGGCCGCGGGCGGCUCUGAAGAGCCCGGAGGGAGCCGGCGACGAGGGGACCAUGUACCGGGACCCGGAGGCGGCCAGCCCAGGGGCGCCCACCCGCGAUGUCCUGCUGGUCUCUGCCAUCAUCACCGUCAGCCUUAGCGUCACUGUCGUCCUCUGCGGCCUCUGCCACUGGUGUCAGCGCAAACUGGGCAAACGCUACAAGAACUCCUUGGAGACGGUGGGCACGCCAGACUCAGGGCGUGGGCGCAGUGAGAAGAAGGCCAUCAAUGAUCUAGACAGAGACUUUUGGAAUAACAAUGAGAGCACAGUGCAGCAGAAAUGGAGCUCCUACCCUCCCAAGGAGUUUAUUCUAAACAUUUCACCCUACGCCCCUUAUGGCGACCCACGACUGUCCCUCAAUGGCACCCUCCUGGCUGGCGCCAAAGUGGCCGCCGCUGCGGGGCUGGCAGUGGAGCGGGAAGGCCGGCUGGGGGAGAAGCCGGCGCCGGUGCUGCCACCCGGAGAGGACGCCUUGAGAAGCGGCGGCGCUGCCCCCAGCGAGCCGGGCAGCGGUGGCAAGGCGGGGAGAGGCCGCUGGCGGAUGGUGCAGAGCCACCUGGCCGCCGGGAAGCUCAACUUGUCCAAUUUCGAGGACUCCACUCUGUCCACGACCACUACCCUUGAGUCUAUCCCCAGUUCCACGGGAGAGCCGAAAUGCCAGCGACCCCGCACUCUGAUGCGGCAGCAGAGCCUGCAGCAGCCGCUGAGCCAGCACCAGCGGGGCCGGCAGACCAGCCAGCCCGCCACCAGCCAGAGCCUGGGCCAGCUGCAGGCCCACGUGGCCUCGGUGCCAGGCCCCAGCUCUCGGGCCUACGGCCGGGGCCAGGCUCGGCAGGGCUCCUCGGCCGGCUCCAAGUACCGGCCGGCCGGCGGCCGCAGCCGCUCCAACCCAGGCAGCUGGGACCACGUGGUGGGGCAGAUUCGAAACCGAGGCUUGGACAUGAAAUCCUUCCUGGAAGGCCGGAUGGUGGUGCUAUCCUUGGUCUUAGGGCUUUCGGAACAGGAUGACUUUGCCAAUAUCCCUGACCUGCAAAACCCAGGAACCCAGCAGAACCAGAACGCUCAGGGGGACAAGAGGUUGCCUACCGGAGGGAAGGCAGUGAACACAGCCCCAGUGCCGGGCCAGACGCCCCACGAUGAGUCUGACCGCCGGACCGAGCCUCGCUCCUCCGUCUCAGAUCUCGUCAACUCCCUCACCAGUGAGAUGCUCAUGCUCUCCCCAGGCUCUGAGGAGGACGAGGUCCACGAGGGCUGCAGCCGAGAGAACCUGGGCCGGAUCCAGUUCAGUGUCGGCUACAACUUCCAGGAGUCCACGCUCACCGUGAAGAUCAUGAAGGCCCAGGAGCUGCCAGCCAAGGACUUCAGCGGCACCAGCGACCCCUUCGUCAAGAUCUACCUGCUGCCAGACAAGAAGCACAAGCUGGAGACCAAGGUGAAGCGGAAGAACCUGAACCCCCACUGGAACGAGACCUUCCUCUUUGAAGGUUUCCCCUACGAGAAGGUGGUGCAGAGGGUCCUCUACCUCCAGGUCCUGGACUACGACCGCUUCAGCCGCAAUGACCCCAUUGGGGAGGUGUCCAUCCCCCUCAACAAGGUGGACCUGACCCAGAUGCAGACCUUCUGGAAGGAUCUGAAGCCAUGCAGCGAUGGGAGUGGGAGCCGAGGGGAGUUGCUCCUGUCUCUCUGCUACAACCCCUCUGCCAACUCCAUCAUCGUGAACAUCAUCAAAGCCCGGAACCUCAAAGCCAUGGACAUCGGGGGCACGUCAGACCCCUACGUGAAGGUGUGGCUAAUGUACAAGGACAAGCGGGUGGAGAAGAAGAAGACGGUGACAAUGAAGAGGAACCUGAACCCCAUCUUCAACGAGUCCUUUGCCUUCGACAUCCCUACGGAGAAGCUGAGGGAGACGACCAUCAUCAUCACCGUCAUGGACAAGGACAAGCUCAGCCGCAACGACGUCAUUGGCAAGAUCUACCUGUCCUGGAAGAGUGGGCCCGGGGAGGUGAAACACUGGAAGGACAUGAUUGCCCGUCCCCGGCAGCCUGUGGCCCAGUGGCACCAGCUGAAGGCCUGAAUGGGGCCAAGGGAGGCCCAUGGGGCCAAGGGCCUGGGUCCCCAUCAUGCCCUCACCACUUUAUGCACAAUGCCUGGCCUGGCCCCCCUGCCAUGGGUGAGGGAAGGAUCCUGAGGGCUCGGCCAGGGAGAGGUCCCAGGAAUCCAGCCCCAUUUCUAGGGAGAACCAGCCCCAUUCCCCACCGGUCCAGCUCUGGGGGAGGGGCUCUGGGAGCCAUUUUCCUGCUUUGCCCCUUUCCUUCCUGACUUGCCGAUACUAAAGAAGUGGGGGGGCGGAGCACAAGAGCUAGACGGGCAGAUGAGCAGAUCCCUCCAGAGGCCCGCCAGGUGGGCACGGUCCCCCGUUUUCUUUAAGGCAGUGCCUGGAGUGGAGAAAGGCCGCCCCCUCCCCAGCCCCCAACGUGGGCCCAGGAGAGGGGAGGUCGAGGCGUUUGGCCCCGGCCCGACCAAGAGAGGCCUGUUCCAGGGCAGUUUCAGGUGCCGGCUGGGCCCUGAAUGCCGAGGAUAGUAUAUAGCCCGCUCCGGGGUCCUGGAGCCGCAGCCCUGUGUACUUGUGUUGUGUCCACCGUGUGUGUGUACGUGUGCGUGCGUGCGUGCGUGUGUGUACGGGUGGGGGAACUCGCUCCCUGUUUCCCUGGGGCCCGCAGUGCUGAAGACGAUGCAGAGAGGGCAGGGUUUCGUGAAGUGAGGUAGGGCUGGAGGCUGAGAAGUCAAU